CACUCUGGAGAGGAUUGCUCACGAACAAUCCCACUAUUCUCCUUCUCGAAAGCUGACUGCAACCAUGGUGAGCGGCCGGUUAAAAACUGCAAGGGUGUGGAUGCUCUGCGUCGCUGUUCUGAUGGACUUUCUCAACGUUGCCUUGGCUCAAAGAGUAGAGCCUGUGACACCUCCGCGACCACGUGGGGUCCCUCGCCCCCCAGGAUCUCCUGGGCCCCCCGGCAUCCCUGGGGUUCCUGGUGUGGAUGGCGUUGAUGGAGACCGUGGACACCCUGGACUUCCUGGUUCACAAGGCCCGAAGGGGGAGCCAGGAGAACCAGGGCGGAGCGGCCCACCCGGUAUCCCUGGACUGCCAGGCGUAGACGGGAUAGCAGGCAUCACGGGGCCACCUGGGGGGCAGGGUCCUCAUGGCCCAAAGGGUGAUACCGGUCCUGCUGGUCCAAAGGGAAUGCCUGGAUUGGGGAUUCCUGGGCCUCCUGGUUUGCCAGGUGCAGAUGGAGUUGGUGGGGACACUGGUAAACCCGGGCCAGUGGGUCCAGUUGGUCCACUAGGCCCUCCGGGUCUACCUGGGCCCAUCGGCCCUCCGGGUCCACCUGGGGUUAUAGAAUUUGACAGCCUUGGAGAAAUUAAGUGCCCUCCCUCUUGCCCUCCGGGCUUGCCUGGCUACCCUGGCUUCCCAGGCAUGAAGGGGCACAAGGGCCACAAGGGCGAAGUUGGUGAAGAUGGUAAGAUGGGUAACAAGGGCGACACUGGCCCCGCAGGGGUAACGGGGGAACAAGGCACCGUGGGUUUUCAGGGUGGCAGAGGCCUUCGAGGGCCCCAAGGAGAAGCUGGCCCUGCAGGCGAACGCGGUCCUACUGGGCAGCCUGGGCAGCCAGGUCCUAUGGGACCCCUGGGAAGAUCUGGAAAAGAAGGACCAAAGGGUUUUAUGGGAUUGCCAGGACACAGAGGCGACAAGGGAGAACAUGGCCUGAUGGGAAUUAUUGGUAUUAAGGGUGUCAAGGGAGAAUCCGGAGACUUUGGAUCAAAUGGGCGUGGAGGUCUGGACGGUCCUCCGGGAGAAACGGGUGAAGCUGCUAAGCCAGGCUUUCUGGGUCACCGAGGUUUGGAAGGUUUGCCCGGCAUACCCGGGACACCGGGAAUGAAAGGCUCGAUCGGAGAAAGGGGAAGUACUGGAGCAGAGGGAUCAAGAGGACCAGAUGGUCCAAAAGGAAUAACUGGAGACCAAGGCAAUGCUGGCGAGAAGGGCCUUGAAGGUUUGCGGGGCCCUAUCGGGAAACUGGGCGGAGAGGGCCCGAUCGGGACCCCUGGACAGCAAGGAAAGCCAGGGCCUAGGGGUCACGUGGGCGCUGGGGGGCUUCCGGGCGCCCCUGGUCACACUGGAGAGAAGGGGCACCGGGGCACAGCCGGGAAGCGUGGACGCAGAGGAGUUCCCGGCCCAGUUGGUGAAGGUGGCAUCACGGGGGAGAGAGGAGACACGGGUUUUGCUGGAAGCAAGGGAUCAAAAGGAGAAGUCGGUGCCCGCGGGGACGUGGGCGCCCCAGGCAGAGCGGGCCACAGGGGGCGAGUCGGGCAGCUCGGGCUGCCGGGGCCCAGGGGAGUGGUGGGGGAGGAGGGAGAGUCGGGGGCCCCUGGUAUCUCCGGCCGCCCAGGCCCCCUGGGGAAGCGGGCAAGUGAACUGCACAUCCGUGAACUGUGUACCGACAUGAUAACAGAACAGGUGAACCAGAUUGCUCUCAGCAUGCGGCGCCAGAGUCGGGGCACUUCUCACCUCCCAGGCCCUCCAGGGCCCCCGGGCCCUCCAGGCCCUCCAGGGGCCACUGGGCUGUUUGGUAUGCGAGGGGUGCGUGGCCCUCAGGGCUUUGAAGGAUCCUACGGAGUCAUGGGUGAAACUGGACCAAAAGGUUUUCUUGGGGAUAAAGGAGACAAGGGCUCUCAAGGGAGGGCUCGCUUGGGCUACAUUGGUGUGCCAGGGCCAAAAGGUACACCUGGUCCGACUGGGGAGAGUCGACCAGGGACAGACGGGUCUCACGGGGAUUGGGGGUUGCCGGGCUCUGCCGGCCGGCUUGGUUCCACAGGGGCCGUGGGCUCUCCUGGGGUCUGCGACAACUCGGGGUGCAUCCCACAGGCGCCACCGCACAUCGUCAUGGGCAAACUUGGCAGCGUGAAGGGGCCUGGAGGCACGGGGCCCUAGAGACACGGCCACCACCAGCAUCAUCAACGGGCUUUGUGUGAAGGGAAUGCGCUUUUCACUUGAAUACAAAUGGUGUAUGAGUGACAACAGCAACAGCAGUGGCUGCAAUUUACCAAUAAGUGCCGGUGAUGCCCCAUGGUGCUUAUACCAGGAUAGCUAUACUUUGAAGCCAAAUGCAAAAGAAAGGGUCACUUACAGGAGUAAAGAGACACAAAUAGAUGUUAUUGAAUAACGGAGGUUACUGGCAAAUGCAUUAUCGGCGCUCCAUGCUCGUAACUACUAUUUUUUCAUCCUUUAUAUUAAGUUCGCUUGCUUGCGUGCUUGCUUGCUUACGACCAUGCAAACCUUUCGGUCGUUUUUUAACCCACUUCCCGUGAUCCAAUCGAGCUGACAUUUUGCACACAGACUCGUUGUGCGAGACAAUUAAUGUUCGUGAAAAUUGUUUUCAAAAAUUUUACACUGUUUAGGGAAAACAAAUUAAAUAUUUAAUUACCAAUUGUUUAAUACUGCAGACAAUCAUCUGACCCAUAGGUGGCCGCCACGCAUAUAAAGGAUUUAGAGUGAAAAACUUUGUUUUUACGGGUUAUACUUAUUAUUUUUUACCAGGAAAGGUCCACUGAGCUAUAUAGCUAUUUUAACGAAGCGACCUGGCCACAAAUGAUAGUUCAAUGAAGUGGCUUAUCACGUGGAAAUUUAUAGCAGCCAAAUACCCUCAGCGCACGUUUCUAAAUGUGGAGGGGGAAAAAAAUCCAGAGGAUCCGAGAACAAUGCAAGCGACCACGGAGUGAACAUGCCAACUCCAAAUAUACAUCGGGCGUCAGAAACUUGUCGACACUGCUCAUUGCUUGUGAGCAUUGCUCCCUGCCUCCUGUUACUAAAUAAUGGCUAUUGCAAGCUGCCCGGUAGCAUCUCGCAUAAACCACCUCCACAGAAGCCUUUUCUCUGACACUGCUGGUACCAGCCAGUGGAAAGGCCACUUGAGCUCUAGGCAGUGCCCGUUUAU